AUGCAACACCCAUCUUCAAACCCUAAUCCCAGUUCCAUUCCCAAUCCCCACAAUGCAACCACCGCAUCCAAAUUCCCCCCACCGCCACUUCCAUCCACGGCGGCGACAACCGCCGCCUGCAAGUCCUCCAUGUUCCCCCGCUCCGGCGGAAAUAAUGGGUCCCAUCACCGGAGAGCUCACUCAGAGGUCAGUUUCCGGUUACCCGACGACAUGAUGGACUUGUCUCCGUCCGAUCCGUUCACCGGCGGAUCUUCGACGGCGAGCCUAGAUGAGAUCGGAUCCGAAGACGACCUGUUCUCGACGUACAUUGACAUGGAUAAGCUUGGAGGUUCGAAUGAUUUGGGAGACGGUGGAGUAGAUCCGGUGAGAAAUGAUGAGACGGAGAAGAACCAAGGGAGGGCGAGGCAUAGGCAUAGUAGCUCGGUGGAUGGUUCUUCGUCGUUUGGGGAGAUUAUGGAUGGGAAGAAAGCUAUGCCUCCGGAUAAGUUAGCUGAGCUUUGGUCUAUUGAUCCCAAGCGUGCAAAAAGAAUACUUGCGAAUCGACAAUCUGCUGCUCGUUCAAAGGAGAGAAAGGCCCGCUAUAUACAUGAACUAGAGCGCAAAGUUCAGACCCUACAGACUGAAGCUACAACUCUUUCUGCCCAACUCACAUUAUACCAGAGAGAUACAACAGGUCUGAGUAAUGAAAAUACAGAGCUUAAACUUCGUCUGCAAGCCAUGGAGCAACAAGCACAUCUCCGUGAUGCUCUUAAUGAUGCGUUGAAGAAAGAAGUUGAGAGACUGAAGGUUGCUACUGGAGAUAUAAUGAGCCACACUGAAUCUUUCAAUCUUGGUAUGCGCCAGAUGCCAUUUACGGAAUCGAAUUUCCUUCCCAUUUCACCACAAUCAGGACUUGAUAUUAGCAGCAAAGGAACAACCGUUGUUAAGUCUGAAGACCCCUCUCUUUCUGCAAGUGAGAGUAGCACUACAUUUUGA